AUGGAUGACGACAGUGAAGCGAUUACAACGUUGAAAAUUUUAAUUAUUGGUGAAAGUGGUGUCGGCAAGUCGAGCCUGAUGUUGAGGUUUGUAGAUGACACAUUCGAUCCGGAAAUCGCCGCUACAAUUGGAGUUGAUUUUCGAGUAACAUCAAUGAUGAUCAAUCAGAAUCGGGUGAAAUUAGCUAUCUGGGACACAGCUGGGCAAGAACGGUUCCGUACUUUAACACCAAGUUAUUACAGAGGAGCGCAAGGAGUUAUAUGCGUGUAUGAUGUAUCAAAUCGUCAAACAUUUGAACGACUUGGCCACUGGAUGCAUGAAGUAGAUACGUAUUCAACCAAAACGGAUGCUGUGAAAAUGCUCAUUGGAAAUAAAAUUGAUAUAUCCAGUAGAGAGGUUGCUCGAGAAGAAGGAUUAGAAUUCGCGAAAAAGUAUCGGAUGCUGUUUAUUGAAGCAAGUGCUAAAACUCGUGAAGGUGUGCAGUGUGCAUUUGAAGAACUUAUUGAAAAAGUUUUGCAAACGCCCGGACUUUGGGAUAGCGAUCGAUCAGCCUUCGCCCUUGGUGCUGGUGCAGAUCAGACUAUUGGUAAUUGUACAUGUUAA